CGGCAACGCGCGCCUCCAGUGCGCCUCCGGGGGCCGAGUGGACAUCAUGGCGGCCGUCUACGCACCCGUCUUCGCGAUGCUGGCCGUGCUGGCGAUGGCUGCGGUGUGCUGCGGGGCUCACGCUGGCGCCCGCGACGCGAGGGUGCUCCAACGCGAGGCGGAUGAGUUUGCCAAGGCGCCCGUCGGCAUCGAGACCGAAACCGCCACCCUCGCCGCGGGGCUCCCCGACAACGACCACUUCCGCCGCCGCCUCUUCUUCAUCGGCGACCUCGCCACAGACUUCGUCCGGGAACCGUCGCGGCUGCUGCUGCCCCCGCCUGGAAGCGUCGCCGACGCGGUCGAGGACCUCAGCCAAGGGACGGCCGCGUCGAACUACGCGGCCGAAGAUGACGACCAGCUCAGCGGCGAGCUGCUGGUGCACGAGAAGGACUACGACGGCCAGGAGCGUCGCGGCGCUCGACCGGCGCAGCGCGGCCACACUGCUAGAGACCAGGAGAUCCGCCAAGCGAUGGAGGACAGCGAGGACUUUCAGGGUCCCCUGCUCGGGCACACGGCCGGGAAGGACAGAGACGGACACCGAGAGGGUCGUCGGCAGACCUUUAGAUGGAGUGUCGUGGAUACCGCUACCUAGCCCCUGCAACACUCUUCUAGUGCUUCUACGGUUGAUCAGCGACCAAGCCUCAUUAUUUACUGAAGUUUUGCGAAAGAACCAAAGUGCAUCAACAUGUAUGUGUGCCCUAUCAAGAAAAAUAAAUUCCGGAAACGAGAAAAGAAA